UGGAUUUGAGCAUAUAAAGGAAGCAUUUGAUCACAAGCGUAUCGCAUUGCAAGUAACGGUUGUAUUCUCAUUCCGACACACCAACAGUAGGUGUAAAGGAAAAGACGCCCAACUUACUAUAUAGUAAGCGAAUACUUUGGUAAGGGAGGCAAUAACAAAACAAGCACUUGUAGGGUAAUUGUUGGCGCUGAGUUGAAAUGGUUAAAGGCCCAAGGAACUGGUUCCAAUAGUUGGCAAAUAUUGCGGAUUAUUUCACUUCGAAUGUUUAUAACCUAACCAAAUUCUUAGCCAGAAAUUUUCAAAUUGCUCUUUCAGGUUAUUUAUGGCGCUUAUUGUCAGUAAAUUUUAGUUUUAGACAAAGCCCUCAUGGCUUUUGUAGAAGUCCAUUUUCUACAAUUAUGAAAUCAAGAGCAUUAUUAUAAAUUGAAAAUUUGAAUCAAGUCUAUUUGAUAAUCAGUGUCCCCGAUUGGAGCAGACAUGAAUAAAAAAGCGGCGCGUGGGAAUUUUGACACAGGUGCAAUAGCGACAGAGAAGCAGGAGAUGAAGUUUUUCUGUGAGAACGAAUAUUGCCGCAAGACUUGUUCCAACUUUGUGCCUGACAUCAGCAACAGAAGACGGGGAAGAUGUUCCGGCUGUCUGUACCUCAAAUCAGAACACAUCUCAGUGCCCCAUCUAAGACGAUGGACGGUAGACUCAAAGAGUUGGCGGCCAGACAUCCACAUGGAGUACAUAGCAUGGCAGUCGUUCUUGAAAGUGACGCUAAACGACGAAGUGAACUCUGUAGAAAAGGAGGCAGACAUAGCAAUAUUGGCCAAUGACACUCACCCUAGACAGCUAUUAAAUGUUAUAACCCAGAGGUGGGUGUUGGAGAAGCCUAGCUUCGUAAUAGCAGUCUCGGGCAGUCAGCGACACUUGUCUUUGACUGCCAAGCAAUCUACCAGAUUCAAACGAGAGUUUGUUAAUGCAGUCGCAAGCUCAAAAUGUUGGGUGAUUGGGGGUGGAACUUUGUCAGGCGUUGACUAUUUGGUGGGACAAGCACUUCGUGAACUGCAGUUCAAACGUUGGAUAGUCGACGACGAAAACGAGUUCUUUUUACUCGGUUUGGUGAACUGGGACUGUGUGGAUAUAAAGACUAGACUAGACAAGAAGUUGAAGCGUAGUGACCAUUCUAAACUGAACUUCAUGAUCAAACAUGGAGCUGUUGACGCUUCUUGCACAGAGGACCAGUUCAUGACUACCCUGAACCCCUUAUAUUCUCAUUUUCUAUGUGUCGAAGGUGGCAUCAAGGGCAAGCCGUUUCAAGAGGCAGAGUGUCGCAGCGAGUUGCUGUCUUUCAUUGCGAAGCCAUUUGACGAGUUUACAGUUCCCACAGUUCUGGUUGUGGUGGGAGGAGAAUUGGAGACGCUCAAAGAGGUAUCGGCCGUUCUCACUGAUGAUGUGCCGGUCGUAAUCUGCGAAGGAACAGGUGGUGCGUGUGAUGUGAUUUGCUACGCGCUAAAGAUCGCAGAGCGGGCUGAGUACAAUCAGUUCACAGAUGAGCAGGAGCUUUACCUAAUGAAACAAAUGGAAGCAAUCCUUGUGCGGCCGAAGCGCAAAGGAACCUUGUACUCGGAGGAGGCAAGUUUCGAAGCAGCGAUCGAGUUGAAACAUCUGCACAACUGCAUUGAUAGGCGGCGCAAUAUCUUCAUAUACCGAAUCAACCUUUCUUUGUCCAUGCCUCUCAAUCAGUGCAUUUUGAAGGCAUUGCUGAACGGAAAGACAGCACAGACUAAGGAUCCAGUAGAGCUGGCUCUAGACUGGGACAGGUGUGAUGACGUCAUAAAAGAUAUUCUGCAGGCAGAAGGAGGAGACAUGGGCGAGAAAAGGAAUUUGAAUAAACUGAUGACGAAAGCUGUGCUGGAUGACAAAAUGGAGUUCAUUGAACUCUUCAUCGAAUUCGGGUUCGAGUGGCAGAGGUUUCUAACUCCUGCUAAGCUUGGAUUUCUGUACGCGAAUGCCAUUUCAAAGCAGGAAUCAUCUCUGAGACUUCUCCUGCAACAGCGUUCUUCAAAAGAUUCUUUUAGAUUAAAGGACGUGUAUCAAAUAGUGUACCUGUUCACCAGUGCGAAGCCUGAGUUAUACGUUAAGCAGCUGAGUGAUGAGAAUCGAGUUCUUACGGUGUUCCAGGAUCCCUUUCGAGAACUUUUCAUAUGGGCUAUUCUGACAGAGAGAAUGGAGGCAUCUCAGUUCUUCUGGAGACAUUGUCAGAAUGGAGUUCAUCUUGCUCUCAUAGGAGCAGCUCUCUGGAAAGCAAUCGCUCUGGUUACACAUUCAGUUGACGAGACGAGAAUAGAGGAGUUGCAUGAAAAUGCAAAAGUUUACCUAGAAUACGCUCUUGAUGUGUUGGAAUGUGCUUGGUCUGUGAACCAAUCUCUGGCCCAUGUAGCUCUGGAGUUGAAACCGUGGCAAUUGGGACGCAAGAGUUUACUCGACGUGGCAGGGUUUAUUGAGGCUAAACAGUUCAUUGCUCAUCCAUUGAGCCAGAUAGUUCUCGAGCACCAAUGGAAGGGUAGAUUGAACUGUACCCUGAGUCACGUGUUUAUGGGCCUGCUUUUCCCACCAUAUCUUAGCUUCAUCUCUGUGACUAAAAAACUGAUUCCCUCAGCACCAGCUGAACUCUGGCUGGAAGAUAAGCCCUUCAAAAAGAAAGAACGGGAUCCAGAUGAUGAAGACGAUGACGACGACGAUGACCACAAUCAUGAGAGCACGGACUUGAAAAAUGGACUUGACGAGGGGUUUAAUAAGGAAAAAAAUGCAGCAUUCGUUCCAAAACAAAAUGGGGAUAAAGUUACUGAGUUGAAGAAAAAGUUUGAGGGGUCAAGCAGAGAUGAACUAGUGGAGUUGACUGAAACACCAGUGAUAGAGCCUGUGGAGCCAGAGUGGGAUAUUCCAGAUGAAGGCGACGAGUUGUUGGACAAGCUGGCGCUAUUUUACGGAGUGCCGGUCACAAAGUUUGUAGUGCAUCUUAUUAGCUACAUGGCCUUCCUUAUCAUCUACUCUAUGUUUUACGUCUUCUACUACACGGAGGACGGAACGCGAGGCUUCUAUGAAAUAAUUGUACUGUGGGUCUGGGUGGCCUCCUACCUGGACUUGAUCCAGUCCUUAGUGGCCCAGGAUGCAUCCUGGUUCAUGAAGAUCAAGCUCUGGAUCAAGUCAGAGUGGAACAUAUUGGACUUCUGUUACCUCAAUAUAGCCCUCUGCUCCUUCGCCAUGCACGGAUAUUACCCCAAAAUUGUCAAAGGCUGGUAUGGAAUCGUGUGUUUACUGAUGUGGAUCCGGCUGCUGCGCUUCUACACCUGUUCUCAAGUGACUGGACCCAUGUGGAUCAUGAUCCGGAAGAUGUUGGUGGAGCUUGUCAUCUUCCUCAGCAUCCUAGGCAUACUCAUUCUCGCGUCUGGAAUAUUCCUCAAGGGAAUGAUGAAUUCGUUCAAUUACGAGGACGCCUACUCUGGGCCUGUGAACAGCAUGGAGAUGUGGUCGUGGCUGUUCUUGCGUCCCUUCUUCAUGUUCAAUGGGGAACUGUUCAUGGACGCAGUGCAGGGGUCGGUGCAGGACCUGAACAUGCCUACGGAGGACAGAGACAGUUUCCUGUUGCUCUACUUCUUCACCAUCCUCUUCAUCAUGUUCUUCGGAAAUGCACUCCUCCUCAACCUAGUCAUCGCCAUCUUCGGAACCAUCUAUAGCGAGGUGGAGGGUAUCUCGGACAUGGAGUGGAAGAAUGAGAUGUUUCUACUGGUGAAGGAGUACGAGAACAAGCCCCAUUUCCCGCCUCCCUUCAGCAUAAUAGAGAGUGUCAUAUCCCUCAUCAAGUAUUUUCUCUCCCGCUCCUCAAAACUCACUCCAGAGGAGUUGGAAGCCGAAAAGAAGAGCUCCGAAAGGUUCAGCGUGUUCGAGGACUACUGCAUAGACGUGACUCUCAAAGAGAGGGAGACGAGACAAUCUGCACUGCAACAGGUGGAGAAGACAAUCAUGUGUGUAGAUACUCAACACAGCAGACUGUUCGACAUGGACCUCACUAUACAUGAAAUGGCCAGACUGGCUCAAAAGUCAAAGAAAAAACACAAUGCGGAUUAUUCUUCUACUACACUUCCAAGAAACAAAUGAAACUUCUGAAGCAGUUCAAUAGAAUGCUGAACUUCUAAACUAAACAAAAUAGAAUAGGAUAAGUGGGAUCAUUUAAUGUAAAGAGUGGUGGAGGCUCGGAUAAUGCACAAGUAAAACGGCGGUCAGGAAUACUGUCAUGACAAUCCAGUGGUGCUGCCAAACUCCUUUGACAUGUUUUUUUUUUCAUCCCGAUUGUCAAAGACGUAUUUGAUGCUCUGAGUAUCUCUAUCCCUUGCUAGUGCAGUAAGAAUCGGGCGCUUUAGAAUUGCAUACUACUCACAACUUAGCUCAAGUUUCCUCUCAGAAGUUCGCUUCGCUUCACCACCAAUUUCAGUUGUCGCAUAACAGGUUGAAAAAAGGAUUGAGAGCAUUGCUAACUUAAGUUUCACAAAAACUUUCUGCCGAAUUGCCCAUAACUCAGAUACAAAGUUUUCUUUAUGUUAAUAAUUUUGAACUGAACUGGCUGAUUUUGAUAACAAGUUAUACGAAUUAAUUUCUGACAAUUUUUGCGCUCCAGCUUAGAAAAUGUGUUUGGGUUUGGAAGCAAAUUAUUAAUAACUCAGUGAGUAUGGUUCAGUUCAAACGUUUCAAUUUUUUAGUCUGUGACGGUGCUUGGCGAUAUUUCAAUUUAUUAGAGUUUGGUAUAUCGUAUUUUAAGAAUCAAUUGCUUAAAUUAUAUAAUCGAAGUUUUUAGUCAGUCAUUUUAUCCAUUUUUCUGUUUCUUUCCUCUUUUAAAAACCGUCAACAGUAAUUUGAGAUGAUAUUCUAUUGGUUCUUGAAGUUUUCUAUAAUUAAUCAUGAAAUAACAAUCGUAGGUUUGUACUAAAUAAUAGUACGCUUCAGGAAAUUGCUUUAUCUGGCUUUCUUAACUUUGCAAAUCUGAAAUUUACUUAUUAGUAUA